GAGUCAAAAGUGGUCAAAAGACACGUGAAAUCAUAGAUCUGUUUAGAAAUAUAAAUCUGUAAAAAAUCGUUUAAAUUUUCGCUUUCUCAUCCCAGUAUAUCAAUGGUUCGCCCUAAAAAGCAAAGCAAGCGCAUGUCGACCAAGACGAAGAAGAAAAUUGAAAAGAAGGUUCGAGAACAUGAUCGCAAGCAAAGAAAAGAAAGCCGUUUAAACCCAAAAAAGAACAAGCACAAGAAGGACCCUGGGGUACCAAAUCUAUGUCCAUUUAAAGAAAAGAUCUUAGAAGAGGUUGAAAGAAGAAAACAAAAACAAGAAGAGGAGAAAGAGAGAAGGAAAGCAAAACGAGAGAAAGUUGUGAAUAAGAAAAGAAAUUUGCAAGCACUUCAACAAGAUGCUAUUAAAAGAGGCAAAGAAUUUGAAAGAAAGAUGGUGCACAAGAAGAUGACAGAAGAACUUACUAAACAUGAUUCUGCUCCUAUAGAAACAUCAAGGAAAGCAUACUACAAAGAGUUUAAAAAGGUCGUAGAUAAUUCUGAUGUUGUUUUGGAAGUUCUUGAUGCUCGAGAUCCGCUUGGUUGUAGGUGUUUCAAGGUUGAAGAAGCAGUGUUAUCAGCUGGUAGUAAUAAGAAAAUUGUUCUUGUUUUAAACAAAAUAGACCUUGUACCGACUUCGAUCGUUGACAAGUGGCUGAAACACUUGCGUAACGAGUUCCCAACCAUUGCAUUUAAAGCUUCAACACAAACACAAAAGCAACAUUUAGCUCAAAGUAAAGUGCCAACAUCCUUGGCUUCUGAUGGAUUGCUGUCAACCAGUCAAUGCAUGGGAGCUGGUACUCUCAUGAAACUGCUUGGAAAUUACUGUCGAAAUAAGAAUAUUAAAACGGCAAUAACUGUUGGGGUUGUGGGUUUUCCCAAUGUUGGCAAGAGCAGUUUGAUAAACAGUUUAAAACGAUCAAGAUCAUGUACAGUUGGAGCUACUCCAGGUGUCACCAAAAACGUACAAGAAGUUCAGCUGGAUAAGAACGUGAAGUUAUUGGACAGCCCUGGAAUCGUGAUGGAUUCCGGGUCGUCGGAUAGGUCAAUCAUAUUGAGAAACUGUGUGAAGAUUGAAUCUCUUCGAGAUCUUGUCACACCGGUUGAAACAAUCUUAAAACGAUGCAACAAAAAACAGGUGAUGGAGAAAUACCGUAUUCCAGACUAUGACGACACUCAACAAUUUCUCUGUGAACUUGCUAAGAAAAUGGGAAAGUUAAAAAAAGGCGGUGUUCCGGACGUUAAUGCGGCUGCUAAAGCGGUCCUUGGUGAUUGGAACAGUGGCAAGAUUGUGUUUUAUACUCACCCCCCUGAACAGCAUGAUCUACCCGCUCAUUUAUCUGCCGAAAUUGUUCAAAGAUGGGGCACAGAAUUUGACGUGGGAAGUUUGGAAAAAGAGGAAAGUGAGGAAAUGAAAAAUUUGAAAGAAUUGACCCAGUCAAUCGAGAAUGCGCUGAUAUUAACCUCCAGUACGCCCUCUGACGUCCACCUUGAUGAAGAGAUGGAUAAUUCCGAGGAAGAGGAAGGCACUGAUGAUGAUGAAUGUGAAGACAUGGAAGAUGGAGAUAAGGAUAAUGAUAUGACUGUUGUUCUUCCCAACAAAUCAUCUGAACAGCUUAAGUCAAAAUCAGGAAAGAUUAGCGAAGACAAUGAAUUCAACCAACAGACAAACAAAUCACAGAAAAAGGAAUUUAAACGAAAGAAACGAGAGCUGAGGAAAAUUGCUGAACCAUCCGUAUCAGAUGAGGAGAAAAUGAGUGACAGUGGUGAUGAGGAUUAUGAUUUUGACAACGAUCUCAUGUAAGACCUCGCAAGCCCUAAACAGGUUUCCCUCUUUUCGGCUCAUUCGGCGGGUGUAAGGCAAAUUACGUGGAAUAACAACAAGUUGAAGAUCCAUAUAUAUUGCAUUGUUACAAGGUCACGGUUACUUGUAAACUAAAAUGUAUUACGCUAAGAAUUGCGCUAUAAAACUGUAACCGCGGGCAAAAACAAUGCGGCAAAUUGCAAUCGAUAUAUAAUAUAGUGAUGUCAUCUUGAACCAAAAUACAUCAUGUAUUAUUAACUAUAUUGUCAUUUCCGCUCUCUUGAAGACGAUGAAGAAAUAUAAAUUAUUAGUAUGCACACCUUAACAAAGUUUUUAAAGUUUGUCUUGUUUACCUAGUUUUAAAAAACAUGUUUUCGCCUACAUAUCAUUUUCCUUAGUUAAAUCGUAGUGAACUGAGAAAUAAACGACU